CAACUUGCGCCUGAACAUCACUCUAACCUGCAACAUUUCUCUGUUGUAGAUAGAGUGUAUGGUAAACAAAAGUGAACAAUCAUGGAACCAAUGUCCGAAUGUGAUUCCAUGGAAAAGAACGAUGGCGACAACUCAAAGAACGAGAAGAUGUUCACGCUGAAGAAGUGGAACGCAGUGGCGAUGUGGAGUUGGGAUGUCGAAUGCGAUACUUGUGCGAUUUGUCGAGUUCAAGUUAUGGAUGCGUGUUUGCGGUGCCAAUCGGAGAGCAAGAAAGAUGUCGGUAAACAGGACUGUGUCGUCGUGUGGGGUGAAUGCAACCAUUCGUUUCAUUACUGUUGCAUGUCGCUUUGGGUGAAGCAGAAUAAUCGAUGUCCUCUGUGUCAACAGGAGUGGAGUAUUCAACGGAUGGGGAAGUGAAUCUGUGUGUUUUAAUAAAUGUUUCUUUAAAUAUAGAA